AUGGGGGCCGGAGCGAGCGCAGAGGAUAAGCACUCCAAAGAACUUGAGAAGAAACUCAAGGAGGACGCAGAGAAGGACGCCAGGACAGUCAAGCUGCUGCUUCUGGGUGCUGGAGAAUCAGGAAAGAGCACAAUCGUCAAACAGAUGAAAAUUAUCCAUCAAGAUGGUUACUCUCUUGAGGAGUCUAUGGAGUUUGUCACCAUCAUCUACAGCAAUACCCUUCAGUCCAUCAUGGCUAUUGUAAAGGGUAUGACUCAACUCAACAUUGGCUAUGGUGACUCCGCUCAGCAGGACGACUCCAGGAAGCUCAUGCAUCUAGCAGACACCAUUGAGGAGGGCUCCAUGCCCAAGGAGCUGUCUGACAUCAUUAUCCGGCUGUGGAAGGACACUGGCAUCCAGGCAUGCUACGACAGGGCCUCCGAGUACCAGCUUAACGACUCUGCUGGAUACUAUCUGAAUGACUUGGAGAGGCUGGUCCAGCCUGGAUAUAUCCCCACUGAGCAGGACAUGUUGCGAUCCAGGGUAAAGACCACUGGUAUCAUAGAGACCCAGUUCGGCUUAAAAGAUCUCAACUUCAGGAUGUUUGACGUGGGCGGCCAGCGCUCAGAGAGGAAGAAAUGGAUCCACUGCUUUGAGGGAGUGACCUGUAUUAUCUUCAUCGCUGCUCUGAGCGCCUACGACAUGGUGCUGGUGGAGGAUGACGAAGUGAACCGAAUGCACGAGAGUCUCCACCUGUUCAACAGUAUCUGCAACCACCGCUACUUUAUUGCCACCUCCAUCGUACUCUUCCUCAACAAGAAAGACGUCUUCACCGAGAAGAUCAAGAAGGCUCACCUCAGCAUGUGCUUCCCCGACUACGACGGCCCCAACACCUAUGAGGAUGCUGGUAACUACAUCAAACUCCAGUUCCUGGACCUGAACUUGCGGCGAGAUAUCAAGGAGGUCUACUCACACAUGACCUGUGCCACAGACACAGAGAACGUCAAGUUUGUGUUUGACGCCGUAACUGACAUCAUCAUCAAAGAAAACCUAAAAAGCUGUGGUCUCUUCUAA